AUGUCCGGCCCCGGUGUUGGUUUCGAAUACCCUUCCAAGAGUGUCUCUUGGUGCAAGAGGGAUCUUUUGCUCUUUGCCCAGUCCAUUGGAUGCAAGGCCGAGGAGCUUCACUUCCUCUACGAGCUUCAUCCCAACUUCACUCCUUUCCCCACCUACCCUCUCGCUUUGUCCUUCAAGCUUGACUCUUCAGAUGUAGUCGACUUCUAUGCCGCCCAGAAGUCCGUUGCCAUCCCUGGCGUGCCUGUCUUCGACCCCACCCGUGUCGUCGAUGGUCAGCGCCGGAUCGAGUUCUUCAAGCAGCUUCCCACCUCCUCUGAGGGCAAGAAGUUCGAGUCGCGGACCAAGGUUGUCGGCGUCUAUGACAAGGGUCGCCCGGGCUCUGUCGUCGAGACCCAGACCGAUAUUGUAGAUGCCGCCAACAACGAGGUUUACUCGCGCAUCCACACCUCUUCCUUCUACGUCAACCAGGGCAACUGGGGUGGCCCCAAGGACGACUCCCGACCCCCCCUACUGUACCGCCUUAACGGCGACUACAACCCCCUCCACGCCGAUCCCGAGCCCGGCAAGAAGAUGGGCUUCGGAGGUGUCAUCAUUCACGGUCUGUACUCGUGGAAUUGGGCUGCCCACGGCCUCCUCCAGCACCUUGGCGGCAGUGACCCUGCCAACAUUAAGGAAUACCAGGCCCGCUUUGCCAGCCCCGUCCGCGGCGGUGACAAGCUUGUUGCGUCGGCGUGGAAGACUGGUCAGAUCAAGGAUGGCUGGGAGGAGAUCCGCUUCCAGGUCCAGAUCGAGGGUGGUAAAGUCGUGCUCAGCAACGGACGUGCCCUGAUGAAGUGCGUCGCUGCUCCUCAGACCAAUCAAAUGAUGGCUUCCGUUACCCCUCACAUCGGCCAGAGAAGGUCCUACGACGGCGCCCUGUGCUACCGCAAAUCCAAGUCAGCAACAGCGGCAUCUUUCAUCCGUCCAACUAGACCGGCAGAUGCACCCCAGACGUUUCUCUCUGCACUUCAGCUCAAGUAUGCGUCUGAUGGCCCUUCCGACAAUGGACCUGUGCUCCCUGGGAAGCAGAUCGUGGUCGGUGGCAAGGUUGCUGAGGAGGUCGGCUUUGACAAGAUCCGCCGCAAGCAGGCACAGUUGAGCGAACUGAAGAUUGUCAUCCUUGACGGGUCAUGCAUCGUCUCUGGAUCUCCACCCACAACAGAUCAGGAUCAGACUAUCCGCCAGACUUGUCCCAAGGUCGUCGAGCUGGACCUCAGCCGUAACUUGUUCACCGACUUCGGUACUGUGGUGGAUAUCUGCUCCGAGCUGGACUCCUUGCACAGUCUAAGGGUCAACGGAAAUCGCUUUCAAAACGUCCUCGAAGACGACAAGCUCAAUGGACAUCAUGAGGCCUUCAAGGGAGUCAAGGAGCUUGAGAUGGGAGAAACCCUACUGACUUGGCCUGAAAUAUGUCACGUCGCCUCCAAGUUCCCUUCCCUGACCCUUCUCGAAAUCGGCACAAACCAGUUGUCUACUCUUGCACCCAUCCCAUCAGCAUUUUCCUUCACAUCGACACUAGUGUCUCUGAACCUAGAGUUCAACGAGCUCACAUCACUUGAAGACAUUGCUGCUCUUACGAGAAUUAGCACCCUUCGAAAUCUGCAUCUAAAAGGCAACUUGAUAUCAUCUAUCACGUCCUCUUCCUCCAAGGAGGUCAGCGAUUGGCAGUUCAUCGAUGCUCUUUUGGACUCAUUCCCUGGGUUGACAUCCGUACGAUUCUCUCACAAUCCCAUCUACGAAAACCCAGGACUCGAGGAUGGAGCCGUUCCGGAAACAGACGGCACAAAGAAGGGCACUGCCACCAGUGAUGAAGCAUUCAUGCUGAUGGCUGCCCGUCUCCCGUCCGUCCGGACUCUCAACUUCAGCAACAUCACUACCGCGGACCGCACCAACGCAGAGAUGUACUACCUCUCUCGCAUAGCUCGACAAUUGUCAACUACCCCAGAGGCAGAGGAAGCCCAAGUCCUUGCACGCCAUCGACGCUGGGCCGAGCUAUGUGAGCUCUACGGCGAGCCGGUAGUAUCCCGUCAGCAGGACAUUAACCCGAACUUCCUCGAGGCAAGGCUAAUUACUGUCCACUUUUACCUCGCCGAGUUGGCAAGCAGUGAGUCAGAAGACAACAUCGCAUCUGUCGGAGAGAGGAUCGUCCAGAUACCCAAAUCCUUUGACAUCUACGCGGUCAAGGGAAUUGCCGGGAGAAUGUUUGGUCUCCCGCCUCUGAAGCUGCGACUGGUGUGGGAGACUGGUGAAUGGGACCCAGUUGGUGGGUUCGAUGACGAUGAUUGUGAUAGCAGUGAAGACGAGGAGAUAGAGGCAGAGAGAGAGCGCAAACAGGACGAUGCCGCCACCUCCAUUGCAGGCACAUCUAUAGCCGGCAAGAAAGGAGGAAGAUUUGUGAGGCGCGAGGUUGAGCUGAAGGAUGGCCCCCGCCAGCUUGGCUACCGUGUGGAUGGUCUCGAGGCUAAGAUUAGGGUCGAACUGCGGUGA